UGAAGACAGUGCUGUUUUUUUUAGGCUGGAACAGGAGGACCCACAGACCCCAGUGCAUGCAGGCCCCAGCAGCAGUGGGGAUCCUUCUUCAUCCAGUUUAACCCAGAAUUCUGUAGUAGCAGAACUGCCAGGAUUUUACUAUGACGCAGACAAGAACCGCUAUUUUCGCCUGCUGCCUGGACAUAAUAACUACAACCCACUCACCAAGGAGAGCAUUCAGUACAAGGCCAUGGAAUGCAAAAGGCUGAAGCUUUUAGAAGAGGAAGAAAAACAAAAGAAGCAAACAACAAGGGCUGGACUGAAUUCAUCUAUGCUGUUACAGAAAAGGCAGUUGGGUUUGCUCAGCUCCACAAGUUAUUGCAGGCUGGUUCAUGAGCUGAAAGUAAACUGCAUGCACAGGAGGAAGAUAGAAAUUCACAGUCCAGAUUCUUCAGUUGCUGGAACCAACAAUUUUAAAAUAAUUGUGGCGGAUGUUGCUUGUGAACGGAUAUUCACUGUGAAUGAUGUAGAGCAUGGAGGAUGUAAAUACGGUAUCAUCAACCUCAGUGGUCUGGGGAAGGAGUCUCCCACUGUGGAGAUGUAUGACAACCUCUACUUCACAAAUCGCAAAGUGAAUUCUAUGUGCUGGGCAUCACUGACUCAUCCAGAUUCUCAUGUUUUGCUGUGUCUCAUGGGAAUUGCAGAAACACCAGGCUGUGCCAGUCUGCUUCCAGCAUCGUUGUUCAGCAGCGAUAACUCAGGAGAUCGACCUGGUAUGCUGUGCAGCUUCAAGAUAUCGACUGCCUGGUCCUGUGCUUGGUGCCUGAAUCCUCAAAUAAAUGCCUGCUUCAGCACAGGCCUGACACGACGAGUUCUUGUGGCCAAUGUAGUGACAGGGCGUCAACAGUCAUUUAGAACCAGUAGUGAUGUACUGGCACAACAGUUUGCCACACAGACACCAGUGCUGUACAACGGCUGCCGCUCCGGGGAGAUAUUCAGCAUCGAUGUGCGUCAGCGCAACCGAAAGGGCCAGAGCUGGAAGGCGAUUCAGCUCUUCCAUGACUCAGCAGUCACAUCCAUUCGCCUUCUGAAGGCUGAAGAUUACCUUAUGGCAGCAGAUAUGGCUGGCAAGAUAAAACUGUGGGACCUAAGAACAGCAAAGUGUGUGAAGCAGUACAAGGGCCAUCACAAUGAAUAUGCUAUUCUCCCUCUGCAUAUAAAUGAGGAGGAAGGACUUCUAACAGCAGUUGGUCAGGAUUGCUACACCAGAAUCUGGAGUCUCCAGGAUGCCCAUCUGCUUAGAACCAUCCCUUCUCCUCACCCAUCCUCCAAAGAUGCUAUUCCCAGCGUGGUGUUUUCUUCAAGACUUGGGGGUCGCCGAGGAGUUCCUGGCUUACUCAUGGCUGUCAAACAGGAUCUCUACCACUUCUCCUAUGACUGAUACAAUAUUCUCUUCACACCUCGUCUACAAAGCUGCCAGCCUAUACAUGACUUCACAGUUUCUGCACCUUCUUCAGCAGGUUCAGCAAAUCUUGCUGUAUGUAUAUUGUAAAUAAAAGCUGAAUGCUGAUUAA